UACAGGAGCAGUUUGAAAAUUUCAUGCUUCAAUAUAACAGGAGCUACAAGACCAGAGAAGAGUUUAAGUACAGACUGCGCACAUUUUCAGAAAACCUGAAGGAGGCAAGCCGUCUGCAAAGGGAGGAGCUUGGUACCGCACAGUAUGGCGUGACCAAGUUUAGUGAUCUCACAGAUGAAGAGUUUAGCAUUUACCACCUGCCCACCAAUAUUCUACCCACUCCACCAAUUCUGAAACAAUCGGAAGAGGUUCUUCCAUUCCCUACCUCAUGUGAUUGGCGCACCCAAAACGUGAUUUCAAAAGCCAAAAACCAGAGAACCUGCCAUUCAUGUUGGGCUUUUGCUGCUGUGGCUAAUAUUGAGGCACAAUGGGCAAUUCUGGGACAAACCAUAAGUUUGUCAGAGCAACAAGUAAUAGACUGCAACACUUGCAGGAAUGGUUGCAGUGGAGGAUACGCAUGGGAUGCAUUUAUGACAGUAUUGCAACAAGGAGGAUUGACUAGUGAAAAGUCAUAUCCUUACACUGGUCAUGUGUCUAAUUGCCGGAAAGGUUUUGAAGCUGUAGGAUGGAUUCAUGAUUUUGAAAUGCUUAAAAAAAAUGAAACAGCAAUGGCCUCACAUGUUGCUCAUAAAGGAACCCUGACUGUGACUAUUAAUAAGGCACCAUUAAAGCAUUACCAGAAAGGAAUUGUAGAUACUUUGAGAUCUAACUGUGACCCUAAUUAUGUGGACCAUGUUGUGCUAAUAGUGGGAUAUCGAGGAGGGGGAAAACUUCCUCAAUGGAUUCUGAAAAACAGUUGGGGAGAAGACUGGGGAGAAAAGGGUUUUUUCCGAAUGUUCAGAGAUAAAAACGCAUGCGGCAUCACCAAGUACCCUGUAACUUGCAUUGUGGAACGUAACAAGAAUCAAAAAAUAAAACGCUGCGUUCCCCAGUAAAUGUAUGGUUCAUAUUUUAAAUAUGUAUCCUACGUCCCUUCCCUUUUGCUACAUCUAUAACUAGCAUGAUAAAACCAUCAAGGUUCCAACGUACCCAAGAGCUCAUUUACUGACACUGACACAAUUGUUUUAGCCCAAUAACCCUUAGCAACCAAUAAACCAUUCAUUUAAUAUGUAUUUUUGCAAUACAGAAUAUACAUUUCUAUGGAUUACUGUUCUGGUGAAUCUGUACAAUCUGUUUUAGGCCCAAGAUGAAUUCAUUGCACAAGAAACAUAUUAAAAUGUAUUGUAUGUGGCAUGUUUGAGAGACAGGGUUGUUGAUUAAUAAAAAA